ACUUCUAGGUAUCAGAAUGCACUAAUUGCAUCCCAUAGGCACAGGCAUAUUUCAUUAACCUUAAUCAUGCACUAAUAAUGCAGACCAUACAAGCUUUCCCAAAUCUUUCUUCUUUCCGUCAAUAAUCUUUGGAAUUAAUUUAAACACAACGGUCAAGGCCAUCUGUAAUACUUGAUUGCCAGGUGAUUGAAUUCAUUUGGAGAUAGAACAAGGUUUUCUGACCUGAAAUGUGCCUACAAUACGUUUUGAGGCCUCAGUAUAUAACAAUGUUGAAGUGUGUUUAAAGUACAUCUCAGGACACUAGUAUAAAAGGAUGGUGUUCUGCGUUUAUAGAAUUCCUUUCCUGUGAAAUCAUCACACUACUCUUCUACUUCUAAAAUGGCUGCAUUCAAUGGGACAUGGAAAUUUGUUGAAAGUUCUAAUUUACGGGAAUUGUUUAACGAAAUAGGAGCAUUCAAAGAAUUAGCUGAUGCUGCUGACCAAUUCAAACCAACUGUCAUUCUGACUGUGAAUGAUACUGAACUACGUAUGAAGAUUACAAUGUUCGAUCGUGAAGUUGAACGAGUUUAUGAACUGGGCAAAGAAGUUGACGAAGUAUCACUGGACGGACGAAAUGUUCGAACUCUACUGACGGCUGAAUCAGAGAAACUCACAUACAAACAAACCGAUGGUGGUAAUCUAGAAGUCUGCGCUACAUGUGAAGUCCAUGGAGAUAUAAUGACCACAAUAGUUAGUGUUGGAAAUGUAACUGCAAAUCUCAAGUACGAACGUGUUUGCUGCGGAGUAUGAAUGAAAUGAAAAUACAUUGUUCAAACGACAUUACCAAUCAACGUACAUGUCAUCCUCCAGGCUUCUUCAUGUUGUUUGUCACUUGUAACGUGCAAUUUCUGGUUUUAGUAAUAUUGAUAUAAAUAUUUUCACUUAUUGUGUGUCUCCUGUAACUUUGCGUUAAAUAUAAAUUUAACAUUUUG